GCGACUGACCGGACAACUUCUUCUUCUUUUCAAAGGCUACGUCAGACAACUUUAUCCCUUCCCGCUGGGCAAAGCAGAGAGAUGCCUUCGAGGUCUUUUUAGAAAACGCUAGUAAACCGUGGGGCGGCUCGAGGUGCUAGUCAGUUGAUCGAAAGAUGCUGUGCAGCAAGGUUGUUGUGCUUCUCCUUGUUUGUCUCUUCGCCAUUGUGCGCGGAAUGCCGCAAAAUGGCGGCAACGGCCAGGACUCUUCCGGGCUACCAUUCAUUCAGUUCACCAACGGAGGUAUCAGAUUCAAUUUCGGAGGCUAUCACGCGGCUGCCGGAUUAGGAGGACUUCUUGGAGGCGCCAAAGCAGGGGGUGGACUCCAUGCUAGCGUUGGAACACCAUGGGGUGCACAUGCAGGAGCUGGUUUGGGUGGAGCUCUCGGUGGUGACGACGCAACUGCUGGAGGAGGUCUCUACGCCAGAGCAGGUCUCGGACACGGAAGAUCGGAAGUAGGAGCCGGUCUAGGCGGUCUUCUAGACGGAAGUGGAAGAUCGGCAACCCCAGCCAGUGGUGGUUUAUACGCCGGUGCAAGCGUGGGUGACCAUGGUGUUGGAGUAUCUACAAGUGGAAGUACUGGAUCGAAUAAUCCAAAUGAACCCAGUACCUCAAACGCACAAAAUGGAGGAAACCCAGGCAAAGGUACAAGCAACAUCCAAAUCAUUUCUCACGGUGGAAAAAAACAGCAUAAAAUAAAGCAGGCACUGGCCGAGGAAGCAGGAUCGACCGAGACUUCUAAACAAGUUGUGCCCGCGGCGAGCAAAGAGGAACGUGAUGUACACCCCGUCCAAACACCCCCAGCAGCAGCCAGUGUUUUCAACCCCCUUUCCGCGAUUCCAGUUCCGCAAACAGUUGUGGGUGGUGCAAUACUGGAGGCACCCUUAGUUCCUCCUUUACCCAACCAAGUCAACGAAGUUGUGCAACUUGAGCAACGUCCUCAUCGAGUAAAGUUCGGACGACCCUUAUGGAGAGUCAGGAAACGAGUUUGGGGACCCACUAAGUACAUCACCAUAAAUUCGUCCGUGGAGUCUCAAGAAACUCCUCAGAAAAAGGACCGAAAACGUCGUCAGGUGCCAAUGUAUACCUCAAAUAGACCCAUGUUGGAUAAAAAUGGCGUACCCAUAGAAAAUGACAAUGGUGAUCAUUUCUUCGACGAUAUUUUUAAGGUCGGAACAAGCAAAUCACACACUACCGAACCGAAGACUGAAUCUACAAUGCUACAAGAAAGGAGCCUAGAAGUCCAGCCAUCUUCAGUAACCUUGGACUCUCACCCACCUCCAGUGACAAACACCCGACCCAACGCUAGAGAAACAGUGAGGCUAGAAAACGAAUCUGCCCAAAGUUUCUUCGAGAAACCAGUUCCUAGGCCUGCGGCAGGGCUUUUGGAGUCCUUCUUGAAACCAACACCAAUUGUCGACGGUAUCAAGGAGCAGGACAAAUAUGGCAACACUGGCGACAAGUUUAUUGGGAUUGGCAGAGCGUUGGUCAACAGCUUCGAGGGAUUCAGUAACUUUUUGAACGCUAUCGUAGAUUUUCCACGAAAUGCUGCUAAGACCACUUCUCGUGGACUCACGGAGGCGUUGAACCAUGUUGGGGCGAAGCUGGUGGGCCUCGAAUGAUGGGGUAAAUGAUAUAGUCGGUUGUUUACGUUGUUACUCCUAGUUUAAUAAAUUGUUUAUUUUGUUUACCGAA